CUCUGCUCCAGUCCCCGGUGCCGGUGUUCCCACUAGUCCCUGGGGCUACGAUCAGCUGUCAGCUUCUGACCACGCCCUCUUCUACGUCCGUCGGCCAAUCACAGGCGCCGAUGCUGGCAGGUGCGGGUGUUAUUGUUUUGGGCUAAAGUUAAAGGCCUCAGAGACUGGAGAGGAUCCCGGGCCCCCCCGGUGACAGCACACGACACACCCCGGGGAGUGGAGCUCCAGCCACAGCCGGACUGCUGCCUUUCCCCGAGCUCCGGGCACCUGGUCACUGCUGCUGGGACAGGCGACACCCCUGUCAGUACUCGGCGGAUCCAGGACACAAAGGGGCUCAGCACCCCAAGAGCGCCCGCAGCCGCCUCCAUGCGGAGAGAGAUGAACGGGGUGACCAAGAGCCGGUUUGAGGUGCGACAUGUGAACUGGAUGUUCUCAAACAAUGAUGAGGCUCUAAUCAAUAAGAAGCUUCCCAAGGAGCUUCUGCUUCGGAUCUUCUCUUUCUUAGAUGUUGUAACCUUAUGUCGAUGUGCUCAAGUCUCUAGGGCCUGGAAUGUCCUUGCGCUGGAUGGAAGCAACUGGCAGCGAAUUGACUUGUUUGACUUCCAAAGGGACAUUGAGGGUCGUGUGGUAGAGAAUAUAUCGAAGAGAUGUGGGGGCUUCCUGCGCAAGCUCAGUUUACGUGGAUGCAUUGGUGUAGGGGAUAAUGCUCUAAGAACAUUUGCCCAGAACUGUAGGAAUAUUGAGGUUUUAAAUCUAAAUGGCUGCACCAAAAUCACUGACACAACCUCGUCUAGCCUCAGUAAAUUUUGCUGUAAAUUGAAGCAUUUGGACCUGGCUUCAUGCACAUCCAUUACCAACCUUUCCCUCAAGGCUCUCAGUGAGGGCUGCCCCCUGCUGGAGCAACUCAACAUCUCUUGGUGUGAUCAGAUCAGCAAGGAUGGGAUCCAGGCACUGGUAAAGGGCUGUGGGGGGCUGCGGUUUCUGUCCCUCAAGGGUUGCACUCAGCUGGAAGAUGAGGCUCUUAAGUGCAUUGGAUCACAUUGUCCAGAGCUUGUCACAUUAAAUCUACAGGCAUGUUCACAGCAAAUAACGGAUGACGGUCUCAUCACGAUUUGCCGUGGAUGCCACAAGCUGCAAUCUCUCUGCGCCUCCGGCUGCUCCAACAUCACAGACUCCAUUCUUAAUGCACUGGGACAGAACUGCCCCCGACUCAGAAUACUUGAAGUAGCUCGAUGUUCACAGCUGACAGAUCUUGGGUUCACCACUCUUGCUAAAAACUGUCAUGAGUUGGAGAAGAUGGAUCUCGAGGAGUGUGUACAGAUAACAGACAGCACCCUCAUUCAGCUCUCCAUACACUGUCCACGGCUGCAGGUGUUGAGCCUAUCCCACUGCGAGCUAAUAACAGAUGAAGGGAUCCGCCACCUGGGCAAUGGUGCUUGUGCCCAUGAUCGGCUGGAGGUCAUAGAGUUAGAUAAUUGUCCUCUGAUUACUGAUGCAUCCCUGGAGCACCUCAAAAGCUGCCAGAGUUUGGAACGUAUUGAAUUGUACGACUGCCAACAAAUUUCAAGGGCUGGCAUAAAGAGGCUGCGGACACAUCUCCCCAACAUCAAAGUCCAUGCUUACUUUGCUCCAGUCACACCCCCUCCGUCAGUAGGGGGCAGCAGGCAACGGUUCUGCAGAUGCUGUGCCAUCCUAUGAGAAGAGAGACACUUUUGGACUCCCUCCAUCACACCUGUGUAGGGUCAGAGGUGGACUCAUUCACAAGACAAUGCGCCAGCUUACUGAGUUGAUGGUGGGUGGAGGUGAUACUUCCCUCCCAUAUGUAAGAACGCACAUGCCCACUACAGACAAGGCGGGGUCCUUUAACCCACACAAGUUCUUCUUCUUAUUUUCUUUUUUUCUUUUGUUACGUUAUCCAGACUGAUGAAAAACUGAGAGAAAGGUAACACUCCAGGAUAUUACCCCUCAACUUAGGAAUGGGAGGAAAUUUACAAUGUUGUGGUUUGGACCUAUGUCACCUAGGCCUUGUUCACCUAUUUCUCUCCUGUGGUUAAAGGGCAACCCUGUAAGGAAGAGGGAGGGGGCAUCUGUAAUCGGGAGAUGGUUUUGUCCUUUCUCUCUGGUUCUGAUUUGGUUUUGGACGCGGUUAUCCCCUAUAGUUCCAGAGGAGAAAAUGUGGACUCGGGAGCAAUGAUUAAUAUACAAGGACCUAAAAAUCAAACUGCUCCAGCUCUGACUUCCACAUGUAUCCCUCACACUGCAACAGGGAAUCUGAAGCGGGCACCCUCCUUGGCACCCUUCUUGCCCUUCCCCAUGUUGCACAUCUUGGACUUUCUGAAUCAUCAUAAUGCAUUCCCCGACAAAUGAAAUUGAAAAUGGGAGAAAAAAAAAAAAGUUACAAGAAAUGAGUUAUAUAUUAUAUAAAUAUAUAUAUAGACUUUGUACAUUAUAAUUUUAAUGAUAUGAUGCUCCCUCGUCACACUCGCGUGGAUGUGAUAAUGAUGCCAAUUGCAGAAGUAAAAAUGGAGAAAAAAAAAGAAGCCACAUGACCAGUUACUAACUGUCUUAUUGCCUGUGUAUGCGUGUGACUUUGUGCGGUCAAGGAUUGCGACAUUUUUGUAAUUGAACGUCCGUAUAGUAGCUGCAGAUCGCAGCUAACUGUGGGUCUGUAGACUCAAGCUAACACGAGGAUCUGUGAUACUGUAAGUUUGGAUCAUUAGACCUGUGGUCAGGCUGGGAUUUGUGACUGUCGGGGCUUCUUUCACAUGAGCAAGUUUUCCAUACGGAUGCGAUGCACGCAUUGAGCACAUAACAUCCGCAGUGAAUCCUGACCCAUUCAAUGGAUCUGUGCACAUGAGCAUCGUGUUUCACACAUCUUUGCGUUCAGAAAAAAUUGCAGCAAGUUCUGUAUUGUGUGUUUUUUCACGCAGCCCUGGCUCCAUAGAAGUGAAUGGGGCUUGUGUGACAAACAGAAGGCAUGCAAUGCGUUUUUCACUGAUGGUUGCUGAGCGAUUACCAUCCUUUUUUUUUUUUUUUUUUCCCUGAACAGAUCCUGGCACAAUCUGUAUUGCUCGUGUGAAAGAGGCCUAAUAUGGAUGGAGAAAUACUCCCACAUUACAGACAACUAGAUGAGGCCAUAGGCUUUGUUUACCAUGUGCGUCUUGGCUGCUGCAGUAAAGUUAUUACCAUUGUAAUGAAAGAGAUUAAAGGGUAACCAAACCUUUUGUUGAAAAAUAAAAACGCACACACAGAGGGGCAGAAGUGCUGCCCAUUCAGCUCUGCCACGCUUUUCAGGCAUGUGGAGUACGGAUCCCAUAUGAGAAAAUCCUAGCACAGGGAUCAUCAACCUUCGGCACUCCAGCUGUUGUGAAACUACAAUUCCCAGCAUGCUCCAUUCAUUUCUAUUUGAGUUCUUAGAAGAGCAGAGCAAGUAUGCAUGCUGGGAGUUGUAGUUUCUCAACAGCUGGAGUGCCGGAGGUUGCCUACCCCUGUCCUGGCAGAACUGCAGAGAAACUGAAGCAUCCAGCUUAUUUUAAUCAUUACAUGUGUUACCACGCACAGUUUUUAGACAUGUGUCUUCAAGUGACGUACUCCGUAUUUAUGAGUAAUGUGAUGACCAUGAUUGGCUUGCCCGAUUUUUGGGGAGUACAAGAGAUGUGUGUCCAAUCGGUUGUAUUUGUGCCAUAUAUAUAAUGUAGUGUGCACCAUUUUGAUAAACUAGACAGAACUUCCCCCCCCCCUUUAACUCAGUUUCCUCAUGUAAAGUGUUCUCACUAUCCUGUUGAUGAAUCGACUUCCAUUUUUGUCUAUUUGGGUAUUUACAAGGCCCUGUUAGGUUGCCGAUUUUUGGUGGGGAACCCAGACCAAAUACAAGCAGCAAACGCAAAGCACAAACGAAAUCUGCGGUGGGUGGAAUUUCACCCCUUUGCCAUGCCCAGUCUGUCAAAGAUUUCUUCUAGAAUUGUGCCGUAGAAUUUACUCCUUAGCCAUCCCUUUCUUCAAAAGAACAUUAGAAUCUGGCAAGCGCCCAUUGGCCUCUAUCCUGUUGACGUUUUGUUAUUGUUUUUUGAUUGUGGACACAGCUCACUAAUGUGGGCUGAUAAGUUUGCAUACUGAAAUGUUAGCACAUAACUCGCCUUCACAUUUAACGGGGUUCUGUCACCCCCCAAAACUCACUUUUCAUUUUUGGG